UCAACAGGCUAUUCCUUGGCAGUGCAGAAGUUUUCCCAGACUCUCAGUGCAUUCCAGUUCGACUUCAUUGGCGACUCUCUGACGGAUGAUGAGAUUAACAUAGCUGAGUCAUUCCAGGAGUUUGCCGGCCUCCUGCAGGAAGUGGAGCACGACAGGAUGAUGCUGGUCCAGAAUGCAUCAAAUCUCCUCAUCAGGCCCUUAGAGAAGUUCAGAAAAGAACAAAUAGGAGCAACAAAAGAAAAGAGAAAGAAGUUUGAGAAAGAAAGUGAAAAAUACUACUCCCUGCUAGAUAAACAUUUGAGCAUUUCUGCGAAGAAGAAGGAGAGUCAGCUUCAAGAGGCCGAUGAACUCCUCGACAGUCAGAGGGUGAAUUUCUAUGAAUCAUCAGUGGAGUACGUAUAUCAGAUCCACCAAGUUCAGGACAGGAAGAAGUUUGAUGUUGUGGAGCCGGUGCUGGCCUUCCUUCACAGCGUUUUAACUCUCAACAACCUGACAGUGGAGAUGACUCAGGACUUUAUGCCUUACAAGCAGGAGCUGCAGCUCAGCUUGCAGAAUACCAGAAACCAUUAUGAGAGCACCUGCGAGGAGCUGGAAGAGCUGAUGAAGAGGAUGAAGCAUCCAUCUCAAAUCUCAAAGAUGCAAAGUUUCGUGCCGAUGGAGGGUUAUUUAUACUGUCAGGAGAAGCGGGCUUUGGGUGCAUCAUGGGUAAAAUAUUUUUGCACAUACCAUAAGGAGGGAAGAAGGCUGAAGAUGGUGCCGUGUGAACAGAAGCCUGCGACAAAACAGGCCCCGACGGUUCUCACUCUGAAAUCCUGCAUCCGCCGCAAGUCGGACUCCAUAGACAAGCGCUUCUGCUUUGACGUUGAUGCCGUCGAGAGAAACGGUCCCGUCACUUUCCAGGCCCUUUCGGAGGGGGACAGGAAGUUGUGGAUGGAGGCCAUGGAUGGAAAAGAGCCUAUUUAUCACUCCCCGAUUCACAACCAGGCGGAAAUGGAACUAAAUGAAACCGGAUUCAAGUUUGUGCAAAUGUGCAUCAACUACAUUGAAAUUAAAGGAGCCACACAAGAAGGAGUAUACAGGACAGUCGGCAGCAACAUUCAAGUGCAAAAGCUCUUGAACGCCUUCUUUGAUCCCUUAAAUCCUGGAAGCGUGGAUCUCCACAGCAGCGACUGGGACGAUAAAACCAUCACCAGUGCUUUGAAGUUCUACCUGAGGAGUCUCUCCGAACCCCUAAUGACCUACGAUCUGCACAGAGAACUCAUGAACGCUGCAAAAUCUGAUAAUCUGGAUUUUCGACUUAGUGAAAUUCAUUCACUCGUCUACAAACUGCCAGAGAAGAACCGUGACAUGUUGGAGAAGCUUAUUAAGCACUUAGUAAACGUGUGCAGCCACAGUGAUGAAAACCUGAUGACUCCCUCCAACAUGGCCGUUAUCUUCGGGCCCACUCUCAUGAGAGCGAAGGAGGAGACGGUGGCAGCCAUGCUUGAUAUCAAGUUCCAAAACAUUGUGGUUGAGAUUCUGAUCGAGGACUACAAAAAGAUCUUCACCUGCAUGCCGGAGGACAGCACCUCGCCACCUAUCCCUCCUCCACGGAUCACGCCAAGAAAGAGGCAGCCAAUCACCAUCUCCAAGCGGCCGGCUCGCGUUUACCAAGCUCUUAGUCACACGCCGCAGCAGCACGCAGAGAAUGGUCAGAAAGACACCUCAAACGUGGAUGGGGACGUCUCGGCGAGCCCCAAGCCCAUAAAGCCGGCGAAACCUGUGAGCUGUGCCCCGCUCCCCCCCAGAGAACCUCCGUCGAGGCAAGCAGGGAUGCGGAGACCGGCCAACCGCCAGGACAGGCAAGCCGACUCGGAUGCUGAGAGGUCCUGUGAUGCGGGGCAAAAGCCAGACUCUUCCCCAGCAGCCAAUGGGGAUUCUUGGGUCCGCUUGAACAGGGUGCCGUCGUUCCAACGUCAAAAAGCUCCUCUGAAGGGAACGCCAGCCAACCCAGAAGGAACUUCUGAUGGUUUGGUCAGAACAAAGUCUGCAGACAAACAUCCCAUUUGUCGACCCCCUAUCAGGCCCCCGGAGCCCCCCUCCAGAAGCCCCGCUCCACAAAAGCUCCCAGUAGCAGCCAGCAGUGAGAGCACACCUACAUCCUAUGUUGCAUCAAAGACCAAAUUUUUUGAGAAUGCCUCCAGAAAAGUUGUCAGUCCUCCAAAUUCUCCACCAUCAUCAUCAAAGACAAAUGUGAAAAAAGAGAACUGAAGUUAAAAAUGUGGAAUGGUGGAGAACCUCGACACAUAGCUGCACAGCGGGCAGAGGAGAGUCCCUGCUGAGAAAAUUAGAUUGUAAGAGAAAGUAACUUCUGUCAGAGCUCAAUGGAUUUGCUUGGGUUCCAGUUGAAUAUCAGAGGUGUGAGUGGUGUUGUAAGGAAACACUGUUGGCAGAACAACAGACUCUGUUUGGUCGUCAUUCUCCACAAGUGUCGAGUUGUUCAUCCCAUUUACUCCUUUUCACAGUUGUGAUUCGCUUUAAUUCCUUUUUUUUUCCCCCGCUGUUACUUGUAUAAAGUAGCCACAUAUGACUUGCAAUGCUAACAGUCGGUCUUAGCAGUGUGAAGUAGCUGAUCCGAACACGUGAUCUAAACCGUAGUCAAUUAGUAAUGUAAUGUAUUAUUUUAUAUGUUUUAUAAAAUUAUAAAUCAAAGUUAUUUGGUGCGAUUUUAGGCGAGAAAGUUAAUUUUGUCUUUUUUCGUCAGUAUUAAAACAUGCAUCAUUGAAAGGGCAAUAAUGAGAAACCUUUUAACUUCUGGCUCAAAGCUGGGGGAAAAUUCUGUUUUAAAUCUAAUUAAUCGAGAAGCUAUGAUGGUUUUUUUGUUUUACUGACAGUUUUAUAGAAAACCUGGGUACCCUGUGUGUAUUAGCUAAUUUCUUACCUGCUUUAGGUAUGUCAGGUUGUGGGGGAGACUCCUCAAAAUGUUUCUUUUACGUGAAAUGAUUAGAAUUACAUCCAAUGUAAUCAUGCAGAAUGUGAGUUUGUGAGAACAGCACUCCAAUGUCUUAUUGUUUCUGUUCUUAAUGUUUACUUCAUUUGUUUUUUGAUGACUCGAAUUGAAAUUGUUUUUAGAAAAUAAAGUAUGAACAGAGAAGGAUCUUCAAAUGACUCAGAGGUACAGUUUAUUUUU